UAAGAAACCUAAGAGUCACGGAAUAUGAAGUCAGAGACCGUUUUGAAAGUUGUGUGUGAAUUAGGGAAAAAAGGAGAAAGCGCGACAGGAUUAUACUGUUAUGAUGAUCCUUACAAUUCCUGCCUAAAACAAUCACCUUCUAACACAUUCUUGUGUCUUUGAAGGGUUUCAAGACAGAGGACAGAAGCUAUAAAAAUACAGCAGACUGAGUAUAUCCAUCUACUUUGAAAAUGACACGUUCCAUGCCACAGUUGGUCAGAGACUACUUGGAGGAGCGUCGGAUUCACCGGAACCGCCUAGUGACCAAAGAUGGUCACUGUAAUAUUGAAUAUGGCCAUGUGAAGUACAGCAAUCGUUUUGCCUAUGUGCUAGACUUAUGGACCACCAUCUUGGAGCUUCGCUGGAGUUUUGUCAUGAUUUUAUUCACAGCUUCUUUUCUUCUCAGCUGGUUUUUUUUUUCACUAACAUGGUAUUGGAUUGCCUACAGUAAUGGAGAUUUGUGGUGGCAAUACCCUUCAUCUGACCAUAAACCUUGUGUAAUUAAUGUCUAUGGUUUGACCACUGCCUUCCUUUAUUCCCUAACAACUCAGAUGACUAUUGGCUACAGUGUUCGAGUCAUCACUCCAUUGUGCCCAGAUGCCAUCACCCUUAUCGUUAUCCAGACUAUAAUUGGUACAAUCAUUAAAAGUUUCUGGUGUGGAAUUGUUAUUUCCAAAUUUUCCUUGCCUAAAAAAAGAGCAAAAACAAUCAAUUUCAGUGAGACGGCUGUCAUCGCCCCCAAAAAUGGUACCCUCUGUUUGCAGCUCAGAGUGGCCAAUCUUCGCAAAACUUUGAUGGUUGGAAGUCACAUCUAUGGAAAAUUGCUUAGAACGACUGUCACACCUGAAGGUGAGACUAUCAUUAUGGACCAGAUCAAGAUUGAUUUCUUAGUAGAUGCUGGGAAAGACAACUUGUUCUUUGCAUGCCCAUUGACCCUGUAUCAUGUGAUUGACAAGACAAGCCCAUUCUAUGAGAUGGCAGUGGACACUCUUCAACAGCAAGAAUUUGAGCUUGUAGUCUUUCUUGAUGCCACAGAUGAGUCCACCAACUUCUUUUGCCAGGUCAGAACAUCAUACAUUCCUCGAGAGAUCAUGUGGGGUUAUGAUUUUUUCCCCAUCAUAACUCGCAGCAAGGACGGAACAUACUGUGUGGACUUUUCUGAGUUUGCUAGAGUGGUACCUGUACUAACACCACAUUGUGCCUAUUGCUUCAACAAUGAGACAGCCCAUAAUUGUGACUCAAGAUACAGCACUGAUGAUCAAGGAUUGAGUGGUAGACAAUCAUCUAUAAAUUUACGAAGUAUUCAUAAAAACUUUUAACUUGUA